UUGUCUGAUCUUGUGUCUCGCUUUCUGUUUGAAUUUUUCGUGAGGUUUUUAGCCACGUUGAAACAAUGUGGUUGGCCACACUGGGUUGUAUCCUAUGCGUUUUACAAAUAGCGGAACAAGCUCAAGUCUGGUUUGGUCCAAGUCAGCAGUAUCUGUGUCACUGUGUCAACGACCAAUGUAACCCUGACGGUUCGUGUAAUAGUGGAUCAAAAUGCUCACGGGGGUGGUUUGGUAAAACAUGCCAGUAUGUGGAUCUACUCAGCCAUUUUAACAACAUGCACAUAUUAACCGACAACGAUGAUAAUACGUGUUUAGGCGUAACAACACAACAUGUGGACCUACCACUGGGAGCUGGGUACUCUACUCUUCAAAUACGGUUGGUGUAUAAGAAAGGGAUAAAGGAUAUUACUACACCAGACACAGCUUUUGGAUGUGGCUCUAGAAAGUACGUCGACAACGAGGUGGUUGAUUAUUUCUGUGAUGUUUACACGUUUGUUAACGUUAUCAAACUGAGUAACAAAACUUUACACAAUUUGUGCUCUGUUUAUUUUAGCGGAGGUCGUAAUGUUGCAUUGAAACAACAAGCAAAACAGUCUAGCACUCAUCCUACUUUGCCAGCAAGUUUGGCUGUAGACGGUAUUUCGGACAAUUGUGGACGUGUUUUUUCACAAACUAAUGACCAAAAUCCUACAUUUGAACUUCCGUUUGGCAAACCGAUGACGGUAACCAGGGUUAGAAUCUUCAACCGUGGAGGAGAUUACAGGCUUGGUUAUGGAUUAGGAAGGCGUUUAACAGGCUUUGAAAUGGAACUUUUUGAUUCAGGGUCCAACGUUCUCUAUCGACACCAAGACCCAAGUGAAUGUCAGAUGAUUUAUGAUUUGGACUUACAAUUGCGGAAAGGAGUUACCAAAAUUGAGUUCAAGCAGAAAAAAAUUCCACCUGGUGAAACAUAUCCGAUUAUUUCCUUUUGUGAGUUGGAAGUGUUCGGAGACUGCGAUAAUGGCUUUUGGGGUUUAGACUGUAAAAGAUGUAAUGGCCUUUGCUCUAGAACCUGUCAUAAGGAGACUGGACAAUGUGACGUGAACAGCUUAUUUGGAGAAAACAAACAAUUUGAAUGUCACUGUCAGGACAGUAAGUGUGAAGUUGAUGGUCAAUGUAAACCUGGCUUCAAUUGUAAAGGUGGCUGGUUUGGUAAUACAUGUCAAUACGUUGAUAUACUUGGGAUGUAUUCAAACAAAAAAAUACUAACUGACGGCAAUGAUAAUACCUGCCUGCCCGCAACAACUGACAAUGUGACUUUAUAUCUCGGAGAUACAUAUACAACUUCUCUCAUACGAUUUGUUUACAAACAAGAUCAGAAAAUAACAGGUAUGAAACCAAUUCCUGGAUGUAGUACAUUAGCGUAUGAAGUUAAGGCAAACGUUUUUGACUACUUCUGUGAAACUGAUGUACAGGUUAAUGUAAUCCGUAUAAGCAAUGACGAUGCAAGCAACCUAUGCUCCGUCUAUUUCAGUGGAGGUCGUAAUUUGGCAUUGAAACAAAAUGCUACCCAGUCAAGUGACUAUGAAAAUCUCUACGCAAAGUUGGCUGUUGAUGGUGAUACAAAUAAUUGCGACCGCUUAUUUUCACAUACUGCAGUCAACGACAAUGCCCCAUCAUUUAAAGUUCAAUUUGAAAAACCGUUCCCGAUAAGCCGUAUCAAAUUGUAUAACAGAGUCAACGAGAAUCAGAUGGUUUAUGACGUGAGUGAUAGAUUAAAGGGGUUUGUUGUGGAAGCAAUUGAUUUGAAUAACAAUAGAGAAAGGAUAUAUACUGAUACCAGCCCAACACAAGCGGUCUAUAAUAUCAACUUUGAAAAGCCAAAAACAGUUUCUGCUCUGCAAAUAAAACAGUCAAGUUAUCCAAGUUCAUACGUAUCUUUAUGUGAAUUUGAGGCAUUUGGAGACUGCCCUGACGGAUUUUGGGGUUUGGAUUGUAAGAACAUAUGCUACAGCGGUUGCAGUAGACCUUGUCAUAAAGAGACUGGACAAUGCUUUCGAAAAGACUGCCCUGGCGAAUUUUGGGGUUUGGAUUGUAAGAAAAAAUGCGACAGCGGUUGUAGUAAACCUUGCCAUAAAGAGACUGGACAAUGCAUCCGAAAAGACUGUUUGAAUGGGACUUGGGGAUUGGAUUGUCAAAACAAAUGUGACAGUAGCUGCAGUAAUGAUUGUGAUACGGAAACAGGACAAUGCAUCAAAAAAGUGAACAGCUUAAUUGGAGAAAACAAACAAUUUGCAUGUCACUGUCAGGACAGUAAGUGUGAAGUGGAUGGUCAAUGUAAACCUGGCUUCAAUUGUAAAGGUGGCUGGUUUGGUAAUACAUGUCAAUACGUUGAUAUACUUGGGAUGAAUUCCAACAAAAACAUACUAACUGACGGCAAUGAUAAUACCUGCCUGCCCGCAACAACUGACAAUGUGACUUUAUAUCUCGGAGAUACAUAUACAACUUCUCUCAUACGAUUUGUUUACAAACAAGAUCACAAAAUAAAAGGUUUCAAACCAAUUCCUGGAUGUACUACAUUAGCCUAUGAAGUUAAGGCAAACGUUUUUGACUACUUCUGUGAAACUGAUGUACAGGUUAAUGUAAUUCGUAUAAGCAAUGACGAUGCAAGCAACCUAUGCUCCGUCUAUUUCAGUGGAGGUCGUAAUUUGGCAUUGAAACAAAAUGCUACCCAGUCAAGUGACUAUGAAAAUCUCUACGCAAAGUUGGCUGUUGAUGGUGAUACAAAUAAUUGCGACCGCGUAUUUUCACAUACUGCAGACAACGACAACGCCCCAUCAUUUAAAGUUCAAUUUGAAAAACCGGUCCCGAUAAGCCGUAUCAAAUUGUAUAACAGAGUCAAUAAGAAUCAGAUGGUUUAUGACGAGAGUGAUAGAUUAAAGGGGUUUGUUGUGGAAGCAAUUGAUUUGAAUAACAAUAGAGAAAGGAUAUAUACUGAUACCAGCCCAACACAAGCGGUCUAUAGUAUCAACUUUGAAAAGCCAAAAACAGUUUCUGCUCUGCAAAUAAAACAGUCAAGUUAUCCAAGUUCAUACGUAACUUUAUGUGAAUUUGAGGCAUUUGGAGACUGCCCAGACGGAUUUUGGGGUUUGGAUUGUAAGAACAAAUGCUACAUCGGUUGCAGUAGACCUUGCCAUAAAGAGACUGGACAAUGCUUUAGAAAAGACUGCCCUGGCAGAUUUUGGGGUUUGAAUUGUAAGAAAAAAUGCGACAGCGGUUGUAGUAAACCUUGCCAUAAAGAGACUGGACAAUGCAUCCGAAAAGACUGUUUGAAUGGGACUUGGGGAUUGGAUUGUCAAAACAAAUGUGACAGUAGCUGCAGUAAUGAUUGUGAUACGGAAACAGGACAAUGCAUAAAAAAAGUGAACAGCUUAUUUGGAGAAAACAAACAAUUUGAAUGUCACUGUCAGGACACUAAGUGUGAAGUUGAUGGUCAAUGUAAACCUGGCUUCAAUUGUAAAGGUGGCUGGUUUGGUAAUACAUGUCAAUACGUUGAUAUACUUGGGAUGAAUUCUAACAAAAACAUACUAACUGACGGCAAUGAUAAUACCUGCCUGCCCGCAACAACUGACAAUGUGACUUUAGAUCUCGGAGAUACAUAUACAACAUCUCUCAUACGAUUUGUUUACAAACAAGGUCACAAAAUAAAAGGUAUGAAACCAAUUCCUGGAUGUACUACACUAGCGUAUGAAGUUAAGGCAAACGUUUUUGACUACAUCUGUGAAACUGAUGUACAGGUUAAUGUAAUCCGUAUAAGCAAUGACGAUGCAAGCAACCUAUGCUCCGUCUAUUUCAGUGGAGGUCGUAAUUUGGCAUUGAAACAAAAUGCUACCCAGUCAAGUGACUAUGAAAAUCUCUACGCAAAGUUGGCUGUUGAUGGUGAUACAAAUAAUUGCGACCGCUUAUUUUCACAUACUGCAGUCAACGACAAUGCCCCAUCAUUUAAAGUUCAAUUUGAAAAACCGGUCCCGAUAAGCCGUAUCAAAUUGUAUAACAGAGUGAAUGAGAAUCAGAUGGUUUAUGACGUGAGUGAUAGAUUAAAGGGGUUUGUUGUGGAAGCAAUUGAUUCGAAUAACAAUAGAGAAAUGAUAUAUACUGAUACCAGCCCAACACAAGCGGUCUAUAAUAUCAACUUUGAAAAGCCAAAAACAGUUUCUGCUCUGCAAAUAAAACAGUCAAGUUAUCCAAGUCCUAUCGUAACUUUAUGUGAAUUUGAGGCAUUUGGAGACUGCCCUGACGGAUUUUGGGGUUUGGACUGUAUUAACAUAUGCUACAUCGGUUGCAGUAGACCUUGCCAUAAAGAGACUGGACAAUGCUUUCGAAAAGACUGCCCUGGCGAAUAUUGGGGUUUGGAUUGUAUGAAAAAAUGCGACAGCGGUUGUAGUAAACCUUGCCAUAAAGAGACUGGACAAUGCAUCCGAAAAGACUGUUUGAAUGGGACUUGGGGAUUGGAUUGUCAAAACAAAUGUGACAGUAGCUGCAGUAAUGAUUGUGAUACGGAAACAGGACAAUGCAUCAAAAAAGAGUGUGAUGCAGGACAUUGGGGUUUGGAUUGUCAGGCAAAAUGUGACGAGAACUGUGCAAAUCCUUGCCACCCGGAGACUGGGGAAUGCGAACAAAAACCAUCGGAUAUUGAUAACAUUGACAAAUAUGGACUUGUUGAACAUAUUCAAACCUACACCUGGGUUGGUCCGAAAAAGAAAUACAGGUGUAACUGUAGGGGCGACCACUGCUAUAAAAAUGGCACAUGCUGGCCAGCAGAAAAGUGUUCCCUGAGAUGGUUUGGUAAACACUGUCAGUACGUGGAUCAACUGGCCACCUAUGACGACACCCAUGUAGUAACAGACGGCGACGAUUUCACUUGCAUGCACGAGUCAUUAAGCAGUUUAACGUUAGAGCUAGGCGGUGAAUUCCCUGUAACUUUAGUGAGGCUGGUUACGAGAGCAGAACUCGGGAUAGGGAAAGCUAUUGAGAUAGAGUUUCAGGGAAAGUCUUCAACAUUCAAAUGCACAGAUGCAAAAAUAUAUACAGAACAUCAUACUAAAGAUAUUUUUUGUAGAAACAACGAAAGGGCUAACAAGUUGGUUCUGAAGGGCCCAGGCUUAUCAACGUUGUGUUCUGUCUAUUUUAGUAGAGGCCGUAAUUUUGCACUGAGACAAACUGUGGUUCAGAAACCUAAUUCCGAGUUUCCCGGCGGUAUCGUGGAUGGCAACUUAUGGAGCUGUGCAUACGAUGAUCUACAAUCGGAGAAUGCCAAAGACAAUGCAUUUGUUGAAAUUCAGUUCGACAAAUCUGUUUCUAUUAAUCGUUUUAAACUGCACAAAAGAAUUUUCGGCGAUGAAGAUGAUCAAAAUGCAAUACCUUUCUUGUUAGAGGCAUUUGAUGCGCAAUCAAAAAGUCUUCUGAAUUACAAAAACGACCAACCCCCACAAACAGUGUUUGAUUUGAUUAUUGAACAGAUAAAGAACGUAUCGAAAAUCAAAAUAUCUCAGAUAGGUUCGGAUACCGCAGUCUUUUUUACUUUUUGUGAAAUUGAAGUUUUUGGAGACUGCGAUGACGGAUCGUGGGGUUUGGACUGCAAAAAUAAAUGUGUCCAAAGCUGUAGUAACUUCUGUCAUAAAGAAACAGGAAAAUGUUGACGACAGAAACGCUACGUGUUUGAUGGUUCUUCAAACGGAGUGCCAUAUUAAAAGGCUGCUACUGUUGUUGAUAUGCAGACUUGAAACUUAGUGAAAUAUGUUUUUCUUUUUAAAUUUUGAAAGCAGCAUUUGCUUAUUAAAUUAUUUCAGUAGAUAAAGUGUGUAACAGUCAAUCCAAAAUAAAUGUUUAUCAGUGCAAU